AAGCAAGUAAUCAUCUAGAAGAAACCAAAUCCCCGCCAUGGCCGCCGGCGCCUUCCUCAACUCCGGGUCCGGCAAGGACUAUCCCGGCAACCUCACGCUCUUCGUCUUCGUCACCUGCGUCGUCGCCGCCACCGGCGGCCUCAUCUUCGGCUACGACAUCGGCAUCUCCGGGGGAGUGACGUCGAUGGACUCGUUCCUGAGGAAGUUCUUCCCGGAGGUGUACCGGAAGGAGCAUGCGGACACGAGCACGAACGAGUACUGCCGGUUCGACAGCCAAUUGCUGCAGACCUUCACGUCGUCGCUCUACCUCGCCGCCCUCGUCGCCUCCUUCUUCGCCUCCCUGGUCACCAGGGCCUUCGGACGCAAAUGGUCCAUGCUCGGCGGCGGCGUCACCUUCCUCUUCGGCGCCGCCCUCAACGGCGCCGCCCAGAACGUCGCCAUGCUCAUCUUCGGCCGUAUCCUGCUCGGCAUCGGCGUCGGAUUCGCCAAUCAGUCCGUGCCGGUGUACUUGUCGGAGAUGGCGCCGGCGAGACUUCGCGGCAUGCUGAACAUCGGCUUCCAGCUGAUGAUCACCAUCGGCAUCCUGGCGGCGAACCUCAUCAACUAUGGCACGGCGAAGAUCAAGGAUGGAUGGGGAUGGCGCGUCAGCCUCGCGCUCGCCGCCGUCCCCGCCGCCAUCAUCACCGUCGGGUCCAUCUUCCUUCCCGACACGCCCAACUCCCUCCUGGAACGCGGAUUCCCCGAGGAAGCCCAGCGCAUGCUCCGCCGCAUCCGCGGCACCGACGACGUGGGCGCGGAGUACGCCGACCUGGUGGCGGCCAGCGAGGAGUCGAAGCUGGUGGAGCAUCCGUGGGCCAACAUCUUCCAGCGCAAGUACCGCCCCCAGCUGACCAUGGCUCUCCUGAUCCCCUUCUUCCAGCAGCUCACCGGAAUCAACGUCAUCAUGUUUUACGCCCCCGUCCUCUUCCGCACCCUCGGCUUCGGCCGCAACGGCUCCCUCAUGUCCGCCGUCAUCACCGGCCUGGUCAACGUCUUCGCCACCCUGGUCUCCGUCUUCACCGUCGACCGCCUCGGCCGCCGCAAGCUGUUCAUCGAGGGAGGCACCCAGAUGAUCAUCAGCCAGAUCGUAGUGGGGACGUUGAUCGCCGUCAAAUUCGGGACGAGCGGCGAGGGGAACCUGUCCAAGGGGUACGCCGCCGUGGUGGUGCUGUUCAUCUGCAUCUACGUGGCCGGUUUCGCUUGGUCGUGGGGGCCGCUGGGGUGGCUGGUCCCCAGCGAGAUCUUCCCGCUGGAGAUCCGGCCGGCGGGGCAGAGCAUCAACGUGUCCGUCAACAUGCUCUUCACCUUCGCCAUCGCGCAAGCCUUCCUCACCAUGCUCUGCCACAUGAAGUUCGGCCUCUUCUACUUCUUCGCCGGCUGGGUCGUGAUCAUGACCAUCUUCGUCUACCUCUUCCUGCCGGAGACCAAGAACGUGCCGAUCGAGGAGAUGGUGCUCGUCUGGAGGGCCCACUGGUUCUGGGGCAGGUUCAUCGAAGGCGCCCCUACGCAGAACGGCGGCCGCCUCCCCAAGGACCCCAACAGCAACGUCGAGAUGAACCCGCCGGCGCCGCGAAGGCAAAAGCAGGGCAGCAAUUUCACGUUGAAUUUGGGAAUUAGCCUGUGAAAAAGUAGAAAGAAAGAAAAAGAAACCACAGCAGAAUAUUAUUAACUAUUAAGAAAGGGGACGUACCAACUCAUUAAAUUCCUCUCCUCCUCCUCUUUCUUCUCUAGCCUUAAUUGUUCUUCAUCUGGAAUUAAUUACUCCUUCAUAUAUUGAAGUUACAGGAUAUUAAGAACAAGAAAAAUCUAUCAUUUUUUCUCUCUUUAUC